AUGCAGCUCUCGGCCGUGCUCAACGCCCUGCUGGUGUCGGUGCUGGCGGCCGUGCUGUGGAAGCACGUGCGGCUGCGGGAGCACACGGCCGCCCUGGAGGAGGAGCUGGCCCUGGGCCGCCGGGCCCCCGAGGCCCAGCCCGUCGACGACCCGAAGGCGCUGCAGAGCCUGGCGGAGGGCGGCACCCGCAUGGUGUGCACCGGCCGCACCCACACCGACCGCAUCUGCCGCUUCAAGGGGCUCUGCUACUCCAGCGACGCCGAGGAGUUCCUCUUCUUCCACGGCAACGCCUCCGUGAUGCUGCCCAACCUGGGCCCGCGGCGCUUCCAGCCCGCCCUGCUCGACCUGUCCUCCGUGGAGGACCACAGCGCCCAGUACUUCAACUUCCUGGAGCUGCCGGCCGCCGCCCUGCGCUCCCUGCCCAGGCCCGUGUUCCUGCCGGACGUGGCGCUCAUCGCCAACCGCUUCAACCCCGACAACCUCAUGCACGUGUUCCACGACGACCUGCUGCCCCUGUUCUACACGCUGCGCCAGUUCCCCGGCCUGGCCCGCGGCGCCCGCCUCGUCUUCAUGGAGGGCUGGCCCGAGGGCGCGCACUACGACGCCCUCUACCAGCUGCUCAGCCCCAAGCCGCCGCUGCUGCGGGCGCAGCUGAAGGCCCUGGGCCGGCUGCUGUGCUUCCCCCGGGCCGUCGUGGGCCUCUCCAAGACCACCACCUGGUACCAGUACGGCUUCGUCCAGCCCCAGGGCCCCAAGGCCAACAUCCUGGUCUCGGGCCACGAGAUCCGGCAGUUCGCGCGGUUCGUGGCGGACAAGCUCAACGCGAGCCACGCGGCGGGGCGGCCCCUGGGCGAGGAGUACAUCCUGGUUUUCAGCCGCACCCAGAACCGGCUCAUCCUGAACGAGGCGGAGCUGCUGCUGGCACUGGCCCGGGAGUUCCAGAUGAAGACGGUGACGGUGUCCCUGGAGGACCACGUCUUCGCGGACGUGGUGCGGCUGGUCAGCAACGCCUCCAUGCUGGUCAGCAUGCACGGCGCGCAGCUGGUCACCGCCCUCUUCCUGCCCCGGGGGGCCACCCUGGUGGAGCUCUUCCCCUACGCCGUCAACCCCGACCACUACACCCCGUACAAGACGCUGGCCGCGCUGCCCGGCAUGGACCUCGGCUACGUCGCCUGGCGGAACACGGCGCCCGAGAACACGGUCACGCACCCCACGCGGCCCUGGGACGAGGGGGGCAUCGCCCACCUGGACCCGGCCGAGCAGGCCCGCAUCCUGCAGAGCCGGGAGGUCCCGCAGCACCUCUGCUGCCGGAACCCCGAGUGGCUGUUCCGCAUCUACCAGGACACCAGGGUGGACAUCCCGUCCCUCAUCCAGACCAUCCGGCGCGUGGUGAAGGGCCGGCCGUUGCCGCGGAAGCAGAAGCAGAAGCAGACGGUGAGCCUGUACCCGGGCAAGGUGCGGGAGGCGCGGUGCCGGGCGGCCGUGCAGGGCGCCUCGGAGGCCCGCCUCACCGUCUCCUGGCAGAUUCCCUGGAACCUCAAGUUCCUGAAGGUGCGGGAGGUGCGGUACGAGGUGUGGCUGCAGGAGCAGGGGGAGAACUCCUACGUGCCGUACAUGCUGGCCCUGCGCAACCACACCUUCACCGAGAACAUCAAGCCCUCCACCACCUACCUGGUGUGGGUCCGCUGCAUCUUCAACAAGCUGCUGCUCGGGCCCUUUGCCGACGUGCUGGUGUGCCGCACGUAG